GGCAGAUAUACCAUCUAGCUUUCAAAGCCGACUACUCAACAGAAAUUGUCAGGCUGCAUGGUAAGCAUGGUGAGUUCUCCGGAAGUACCCCCGCUGGUAUUUGGUAGUUGGGCGUACACGUAUCACAUGUUGGUCUGUUUCAAGAACAUCAUAUCCCUACAUAUCCCCAUCCCAAAUAAAAGCUGCAAGAUAUACAUGGCCAUGGCGCUAAAGGAUUGAUGGAGGUGGCUUUGUUCGUGUCGGCCCCAAUUAAAUCAGCGUCUCUCGCCCAAGUGCUGUACAAGAGGUUCUCAUAAACCAAUGGUAG